CAGUUCGGAUGACGCUCGUUUCUCUACCUCCUACCGUGAACACCCCUCUCCUGCAGUCCAGAGUGCAACCUGCGUGCUUUUACAGCAAAAUGGCGACAGUCUAAUAGAGGGAGAGAAGACGGUGUCAGGCGCAGUGACAAACUUGAAGACAUGAGCGCUCGUCCUGAGAAAGUAUCGCUGCUAUGUCUGAUCUGAAGCUGAAUGCGCAAGAGGACAAAGACGUGGAAUCGGUGUCUGACAGCCCAGGUCGUACUCGGGAGCCAUUACAGACUCACACGUUCUCCCCGAAGAACAAUGCUGCAGGUCUGUCCUCAGAUGAACACGAAAACCCUUUAAAUGGAACCCAGCCGAAUCCAUUUGUAUACAGCAGUGUCCCUGCUGUUCCCCAUGCAGGCAAUUCAUUGCCUUCAGGAGCACUUGUUAAUGGACCUGGUUCACACCCCAACUCAGAGGUACACUGUGUCCUGAACAAAGGCACUGUUUUAUCCAACAGUGUCCUGGAUGCCGUGUGGCAAGCGGAGAAGGACACGAGCCCCGAGGUGUUACCACCACCUAGUGAGCUUCAAUCAGACGCUUGGAAGAACACAGUGGGACCCGACGUAAAAACACCGGCCACACAGCCAGGUGUCAACACGCCACUGUCUCACUCGGAGGAGAAUGAGUCUAAACUGGCCUAUUCCACGCUGUCAGGUGACAGUGCAGAGCAAAUGCACAUUAGCCAACCUUUGACAAAACAGACAAUAAAAACAAGAUCUCCACGGGACAUGGAACGGUCUGGAGUCUCCUUGGAUGAUUAUGAUAAUACUGAAGUAAUCAGGUGGGAUUCAACAAGAAAAUGCUUUUUGCACAACGACAGAAGGCUGGAGACCAAAGUGAUGCCCCAAAGAGACAAGAAGCACAAUACACACACGAAAAGCAUGUUAGACUGUCUUGAAAAGGUUAACAACAGCUACAGACAUUUCUGCAGUGGUAAUGAUGUUGAAAGUGUUGACACUGGCAACAAAGAUGAAUUUCUGGGUACACAAUCUGACAUUAAAUAUUCAGUUAUGCCAUUCAAAGACCUUUCUCGGAACAUAGCUUUAGACUCUGAGAGCCAUAUUUAUAGCACAGCGCAGGGAGGCAGUAAUGAGGAAAAUGACCCUGAAGAUGAAAACUGUGUUAGUCCAAAAGUGGAACAGUUGAAGGCAGAGCAACUUGAACGAGAUUCACUUUUCUUUUCAUGCACAACAUGCAAUGUUAAUUUCAAGGAAAAAAGACAUUUCCAUAGACAUAUGAUGUAUCAUUUAGGCAAGCAUAAUCAGGUGAACAGUGAGAAUGAUUCACAGCCCUUUAUAUGCGGAGAGUGUGGGCUUUUGUUCUGUGAUAGCAACUCCCUCAUGAGGCACAUCAUUAUUCACCAAGAUAGGCUGGAAAAACUUAUGGAGGAAAUCGAAGGUCUCAAAAAGACUGAAUUUGAAGACGGGGCCACCGCAGUGGCGUGCUCUCGGUGCACGUUUGGUUGUAACUGCCAAAAAGUCUUUGUCCAGGGUACCAAAACACGUGAUAAUCUGAAGCACUACUACUUUUGUGAGGAGUGUAAUUACAUUUCCUUGACACGGCAGGCACUUGUAGCACACUUACAUGUCGCACACCUCAACACACACCAGCCUCAAAACAGGAAAAUGAGUCAUACUAAUGAUGCAGGGGGAGCACAACAUGUUCCGUUUCAGUGUAAAAUGAGUUUUUUCCCAAGGAGAGACAAAGUAGUGUUAGGAAAACAUUCUGAAAUGCCAUAUGUUGGCAAAUAUAAAACAAUGGCUCGAUGUAAACCAAAUCUAUUUAAAUCUACUUUAAAGGAAAAACUCGACCGUUCCACUGAAAAGGGGGAUAUUCACAUUCAAAAAACUGUUGACAACAUUGUAAAUUGUCAUCAGUUUAAACCCAAUGCCAGCUGCACUAAAAGCAUGCUGUCGCCAUAUUUGUGGAGAAUCGACAAGCAUGGAAAGUUACUCUUACAACCAGCAGAAAAAUUGGAUGUGGAAACUGAUCUCACCUGUGUACAAGAAGAUGCUGAAAACAAUGACCGCAGGGCUUUUGGCAGCUUAAAGCUGGCAAACCGUCCUACAGCCGCUGCUUUUACAGCCAGGAAGCUUAAAUUGGACCAGAUGUUCUGUCAGGGAAGCAAAAAUGACCCCGUAAACGGGAGUUUACAAGUACAAGUAAGCCAAAAUUCUCCAUCAAUGGGAAAAAUGACUACACCUUUGCAUAACACUACUGAAAGAAUGAAUGGUAAUAUAUUGCCUGGGCUUAGCCAGAGGCUUAAGAAACAGUGUGCAGUUAGGGAGUUAAAGAAAGGCUGUGAGGGUGAUGAUAACUUCAGUGAUGACACCAGCGAAGCUACAGGCAGCUUCUUGGAAAGCAGCGAGAAUGAAAGGAACUCAUAUGCUCGGAGGUAUUUGAAAAAGAGGCAGAGCUUUACAGCCAAACACCAAAGCCCCCACGCACUCAAGGUUGAAGAUGAUGGAGAUGAAGACUGCAGUGACAUAGAACAGCUCAUAAUCAAAGAGGAGCACAUUGAAACGACAGUGAGUGAUGAUUCCACAGAAUUGCCUAAUACAUCUCCAAGUGAUAGUUUUGAUAUGUCCCCCACACCAUCAGUAAGACAUAAGCUCUGUCCUUACUGUCCCGCCACGUUUGAGUCCGGAGUGGGUCUGUCCAAUCACGUGCGAGGACAUCUUCACAGAGCUGGGGUGAGCUAUAAUGCCCGGCACAUGGUUUCACCGGAGCAAGUGGCAUUGUGGGACUAUCAGCCAAGAAUCCGCAGAAAGAUUUCUACUGGCAUGAGAAAAAAAGCUGUUAAGCCAGAAAAUCGAGGACAACACACGUGUCCUGUGUGUUUGGAAUGUUUUGAUAGCAAAACUGGCAUCUCUAACCAUGUGAGGGGACACCUGAAACGAAUAGGUACAAAGGUUACCAGCAGCAGUAAGUCUCCACUGUGCGCACUAAAUGAAUUGCUACAGAACAAAACGGAACGUUGGAACAACCUUCUGACCAAGAGUCAGUUCUCCUCUCAACCUUUAGCCCCUCAGAAGUUCAUCUGCAGCAAUGGCCUGUUUCUGAUGCAGACAAGCAUCCCAGGGAAACUCCAACAUGUCAAAAGGAGUCUGCAUCCCAUAAAGAAAAGCCUUGUGUGUAAACACAUGGUAGAUAACCUCUCAGAAAGGAAGAAGCUACAGGGGGAAGCAGAAAAAGGCACUGCAGCCACAUCAGGCGCUUUAGUUGAACUCCUCAAAGCCAAACAGGAAAGUGUGGAGCUUGCAGUGAGCCAAGAAGCCUAUGCAACCAGGAUGAUCUGUGAGAUGACCAACGAUUAUAUGGCCGAAACAGAGAUGACCAGUCGGGAACCAAACUGGUCUGCUGGGGAAUGUGACUCAAAAAAGAUUUAUAUUCAGUGUGACAGCACCUUCCCCACUGCAAAUGCACACAGGAAGAGGAUUGCAAUUUUUGAAGAAGCAGACUAUGAUUUUAGGAAGAAGAAACCAAGACUGAGGCCGGGGCUCAAAAAUAAUAAUUUACCUUCACUGAAUACUGAGAUGUGCACACUGACCUGCAGAUUCUGCGACCUAGUUUUUCAUGGUCCCUUUUCCAUUCAGGAGGACUGGAUCAGGCAUUUACAGAGGCACCUUCUACACACCAGCGUACCCCACUCAGGGAGAGGGAUGGUAGAGGUUUUAGCUCUUCAUCAGAAAAUACAACUAAGCAUGUCUCACAAGGACCCAGAAACUGGGUAGUUUUACUUCCAGAUCCCUCAAGAUCUAUGUAUUUCUCUCUCUCGCUCUUUCUCCCUCUAGAUAUAUCUAUAUAGCUAUAUAUAUAUCUAUACCAGCAUGUUUCUGGAAAGAAGUAUUUUAGUAAUCCAGGCUACUAUAUAGUAUAAAUUUUCUGUAUAUUUGCAAAAACUUAAUUAUAGCAUAUUUUAAUGCAACACUUUGCCUCAGCUAAUACGACUAAUAGGAUUCCUGUUUUUUGACUCCAAUAUAAAUUAUGCCCAACAAUAUGUAUGAUCCAAAAAAUAUUUUUCUCAUUAUAUAAGUGCCUUGUUAAUUCAACAAAACAACUGCUCAAAAAUCAGAUUUUUGUAAGAAGGUUUUCAUUAUAAUACAAAACCUUAGGAGCAUUAGUUAGAAGGAGAACUGCACUUUAAAAAUAGACAAGAAUUUGAAUGUGUUUCAUGUUUCAUUUUCUUUUAGAGAUAAUAUUCAGUGAAACUGUUGCUCUACUUGUACGCACAGUACAGAGUGUCAUUAGUUUGUGGAUGCUUUGUACAAUUUCACCUCUGUGUACCUGCAUCAGAGACAGAAUUCUUCUUAAUCCAAAUGACAUUCACGACGUUGGGACAGCUUGUUCUGUCAUCAUUUGUUCUUUGCUUUAACCUUCAACAUUCAGCUUAAUUUCUGAAAUCUGAUUCUCAUUGUUAGGCACAACAAUAGCUUUUUAUGAAAAACCCUCUUUAGUUGUAACAAAAGUUAUAUUAUUUUCUAUGAUUAGCUCUGUGUUUCCAAAGGUGCUGUCUUUGGUUCAGUGGAAAUGUGUUGUAAUUAGAGACAUCACGCUUGAGAUUCAUACUUAACAGUUUAAAGACGGAAAUACUAUGAACAUUACCUAUUAUCCAAAUUCACUUGCACUUAAAUUUGUCACAAAUUUUGCAUGACGGGACUUCUGGCUAUGCGCUAAGAUAAAUUUAGGUAUUUCAGCAUGUGAAUAAGUACUUUUGCCAGGUUCUUUCAGUAAAAUGUAGUAGUUUACCUUUUUCUUAGUACAUUUUCAUAAUUGUAUUCUCUACAUUGUAUAUUUUAAGAACAGCUAAGGCUUUGAUGUGCGUGAUCUAGUCUGGCUGAACCUAUUGCCAAAGCACUUACCUCGAUUGUAACACUUUGGAUUUAUACUAUAUUAAAAGCCAACAAAUAGUAUAUUUAAAAUUCAGAAAUUUAGAUUUAGCUAAAUCAAACAAAUGCUUGCUCUGGUUUUGCAACCAAAUACCAUGAAAGGAUAACUAUUUUAUGCAUUUACUUGCCUAUUUUGAAUAUGAAAAACUGCAGAUAUAGUAUCUCCUAACAUGUUGUACAGUUUAGCUUUGUAAUAAUACAUGUUGUUAAAUCAAUUUAAGGAUUCCAAUUUGAUUUGGAUUAUAUCUUCUGCAAUCAAAUAUUCAUACAAUUCUGAUGAAACUUGCAUGCAAAUAUUUGUAUAGAAAUCAGCUCCAUUGAUAUUCAGCAUGUGUGAUAUGAAAGAAGUGUUGUAAAUUUAAGGAAUUAAACACAUGUUUAUUUGUUGAUGCUGUGCCAAAUUACAUUAGUGACGUUUUUAAAGAUUUUUUUAGUCUGACAAAAAGAUCUUAUAUAAUGUGAUACCAUGCUUAGAGGAGCAUCUGACUCCUCUCAGCUGCACUGGCAUUAUUUACAACAGCAGUUAGGAUGGACUGAGCAAAAGGUUUAACGAACAUGCGGAUAAUUGAGCAAGGUGAGAUUAGGUUAAACAAGAGACUUCAUUUACAAUAAAAUAGUGUUUAUCUCACAAUAUGCUGUUGAAAAGACAUGUUAAUUAAUAAACCUUAGCUGAAUCACAGAUCAACAGGCAGGUGCACAUUUACACACUGAAACAAACAUUGCUGGCUGGAAGAAGUCCUAAGGCAAUUUGAGUGUGGGUGAUUGAAAUCCAUACUCGACUUCCAAUGUAAAAAUAUAUUCCAAAGUUUUUCUGAAAAUAACACGAUGUCUGUUUUGUGUUUCUUUUCCUCUGCUGUGCCUCAGCAGGGAAACAUAAUCCAGGGCAAAGAGAGAGAGAAAGGAAAUUUCUUGGUGUAAAACUGUAAGCUUGAAGGAUAACCACAUGCGUUGUUGAAAACAGACUCCGGAAAGAAGGUUCAUAACAUAGCAGGCCUUGGUGACAGCAUUCUGUCACUCAGGCAUUGGUCACUGUUCCUUUAAUAUUUUUCACCUUUGUUCAGCUGCAAUUUUUCACUAUACAUGGAGAAGUCUUUUUUGUACUUGUGCCAAUGAGUAUUGUCAGCAUUGGCUCUAGUGAAGUGCAAACACACCUUUGAACGUUUACUUCUCUCUGCCAUUGUCAAUAAAAGCAAUGUCUUCCUAUGUGUCACCUCUUGCAGCAGCUGCUCCACCCUCCAACCCCUUAGAAAGAUCUCUCUCCUGGACUGGGAAUAGUAAAAGAUGCAUGUUAAAUGAAUAUCGCCAUCUUAUUGUAAAUCAGAAACAGAGUUGAUUAGACACAAGAGACGUGUGCAGCAUAAAAAAGUGAGAUCAAGCCAACAUGCUCAGAUUCAUAUUUGAAAGGGGCUUUCUCUUUCAGAUACAUUUUAAACGGACUUUUGCACAUGGCUGAAGAUGUCUUUAUUUGCCUUUAUUUAAAUGUAUUAUGUUUAAUCAAGACACAACCUUGGCAAAUGCCAGUCGAAAUAACUCGACAAAUGAGAAUUCACAAACGGUUAAAUUGAUUGGCCAGUUUGUUUGUAACCAAAAAGCAGAACCAGUGCCUGUAAGACCCAAACAUUGGUGUCAUUAGCCUAUUAAAUGGCAGUUUUCAGAUAUUAUCACUCCAGUAGAUUUGGCUAGUGUCUCCUAGCUCACUAGCAGUCUGUUUUAACCUCGUUAAAUUACGAUGUUGGCACAGAUAACAAAUAAAAGCAAGGUAGAAGUGACAAGGUUGGUAUUCAGUGGUAGUGAGGUCAGUGGUAGCAUGAGACAUUUGUUGCACUGGGGUUUGUGUCGCAGCUGCAACUGGUUUUUAGACUUUAUUUUACAACUAAUAUGUGCUGCUUAAUGGGCCACAAGCAUCCAAAGUUAGUGAGUAAACAUUAAAGCUCUUCAUAGAAACUCAAAAAAACACAGUUGUCAUGCUGUUUAUCCCCAUUUUUCCCAUUAAUGUUCUGCUAUGUCUAUUUUAAAGUCAAUUAUAUAUUUGUGGAAGUAAAUGAAUAUUUUGCUAGCUUCAACCAUGCAUGAAUAUAACAACAGUGAAGCCGGAUGCGAGUUUAAAUGACUUUCUCUUGCUGCUUCAAACCUGCAGUGCCUUUGAAAUCUGUGAGUGGAAAUAUUUCACAGUAUAUAGUAAGUGAUGUCUUUUACAUUCAGACAGCAGAAAACUCAUUGUUUGUGUUAGUGCGGGAUGGCCAUUGCCUUACAGAUCUUCAGCUGCAACAAGAUUCACAU